GAGAGAGAGAAGAGGAGGACGGAGGAGUUCGAGAAGAAGAGGAAAGAGAAGAGGAGAGGAGAGGAGAGGAGAGAGAAAGAGAAGGAGAAAAGGGAAAGAAGAGACGGAAAUGAAGUGGGGGGUGGGCUUGGCUGUAUUUAGGGUUUGGUAUUUUUUAUUAAUUUUUUUUAAAAUUAAAUUCCGACGGAUAUAAAUUCCGUCUGAAAUUUAGUGUUCUGACGGAAAAUUAAUCCGACGGGUUUCCAACGAAAUUUUUGAAUUCGUCGGAAAUAUCCGAUGGAAAAUAAAUCUGUCGAAAUUACCGAUUAUUCCGACGGAAUUACGUGUCCGUCGAAACCAGUCCGUUGGAAUUCGACCUGAUUUUUGUAGUGUACCAAAACAAUACUUCCUGUAUCAAUACAUGCCAACGGAUGGAAGUGUUGCCGCAGGCAAUAUAUUCCACCUCGCAACAUGGAAUAGUAAGGUCGAAUUUUUAGAAGAAGCAAAAGAAAUAUUACCUAAAGAUAUCCAACACGCCCUCCUUUACCAAAAAGAUCAGAGGAAUAAUUGGAAUCCUCUUCAUGUUGCGGCCAUGGUAAAGUCGAAAAGUGUUGAACUCAUUCGACACAUCCUUGACGUGUGCAAACCAUGGGUCGGACCACGACAAGCACGAUUAUUCUAUGAUAACAGGCCCUGGUUAGCAGUUUCACGGACCUUGAAGACGCCGUUGCACUUGGCUAUUGAAAAGAAAAAUGAAGAGGGUGCGAUGGCAAUUUUAUUGUUAAUGGAUGAUGAUGAUGUAGAAGAGGUUUGUAACAUGGUUGACAUAUAUGGGAACAACCCACUCUUUCUUGUUGUAUAAAAUGGGUUAAACGAUGUUGCUGAAAAGAUAUUGAUGUCUAAUGGCUCUUAUAGUCGUCUCAGUGGUAAACAUGGUUCCACCCCUCUUCAUUUUGCACCUAGAUGUUCAGGUGUUGUUACAAAACUGUUGCAAGAGAAGCACUCAAAAUUGUUUGACACGGUUGAUGAAAAAGGAUUCACUGUGCUCCACCAAUGGGCAAAAAUAGGAGAUUUCGGCACAAUAGACUGUCAUUUCAUGUUCAAAAUACAUACUAUGCAGGCUAAAGCUUUCAGGGAAUUAAUAUACAAAGAAAAUAAGAAUGAGGGUGACAAUCCGUUGCACAUUGCAGCAAGGUUUAACAAAGAUGAUAACUAUUUUGUGGCACCAAUGUUGAAUAUUCAUGACUUUCAAUUAUUUGAUAAAUCAUGGAAGAAGUCUAAUUUUCCUCCUUGGAAAUCAAAGAACAAAAGAGCAGAUACACCUUUGCACUUGGCUUUAUAUUCAAAACAUGAAAAGAUUGCAUUGCACUUUUUAUACAGAGACUCAACAUUAUGUCAAAUUUGUAACAAAAAGGGUGAAAGCCCCCUCUUUGUUGCUGUUGCUACAGGAUGUGCUCAAGUUGUAGAAAGAAUUUUGAGAAUUUUGGAGGAGCCUGACUUUAGCAUUCUAAAUCGCAAUGAUGGACAAACUGUGCUUCAUAUGUUAAAAUUAUGUUCAGGUAAAGUUCUUUUAUUGCACCAUUUUCCUUUUAGGGAAGUCUCACAUUAAUCACUAUUUAUAUAAUGGGCAUACUUUCAUACACUUUUUGUGUUCAAACACCAAAUACCUUAUUUUCCUUACUCA